ACUCUAGCAUGGCGUGUCAGUCCGAGAGAAAGAGGCAACCAGCUUUCACCUUUUGUUAUUUCCAUUUUCCAUUCCCAUCGUAAAAAUACAAAAAUCAUAAUCAGUCAUAGCUUCGGCGACUUCACGAUAUUCCUUUCUUCUUCUGAUUGAGCCACCGACAGAGCCUGCGAUUACCGUGGCGGUUUCAGAAUGGCGGACAAGUACAACCUCAAGAACCCCGCCGUGAAGCGGAUCCUCCAGGAGCUCAAGGAGAUGAACUCCAACCCUUCCGACGAUUUCAUGAGCCUCCCUCUCGAGGAAAAUAUAUUUGAAUGGCAAUUUGCGAUUAGAGGACCUCGUGAUACUGAAUUUGAGGGUGGUAUUUAUCAUGGACGGAUUCAGUUGCCUUCAGAGUAUCCAUUCAAACCCCCUUCAUUUAUGUUGUUGACACCUAAUGGUCGUUUCGAGACUCAAACCAAGAUUUGCUUGAGCAUAUCAAAUCAUCACCCUGAGCAUUGGCAGCCAUCAUGGAGCGUGAGGACUGCUUUAGUUGCACUGAUUGCAUUCAUGCCUACCAACCCAAAUGGUGCAUUGGGAUCGUUAGACUACAAGAAAGAAGAGAGGCGUACACUGGCAGUUAAAUCUCGUGAAGCUCCUCCUAAAUUCGGGACUCCUGAACGUCAAAAGCUGAUCGAUGAGAUACACGAGUACAUGGUAAGCAAGGCACCUCCUGUUCCUCAACCUAGCGCCAGUGAGGCUUCUGAAGAGAACCCCAGAAAUGAAGAGGCUGAGACACACGCCAAUUCACUGAAUCCUGAGUCUUUAACUGCAGGAGAGGUUAUUCUAGAUCAAGAAGUUGAUGGAAUUGUGGAAGAACAAGAAGAAGUCCUUGCAAAUGCUAACCCUGCAGGAGUUGAAGCUUCAAGGGAGGUUCAACCUAGUGUUUCAAGGUAUGAGGUGCUCCAAAAGUCAGACACAAGGGUUCAGAAUCCUAAGCCAGAGACGAGGGUUCAGAAACCUGAUGAUCGGUUGUUCACAUUGGCAGCUAUUGGACUCACUAUUGCAAUUGUUGUCCUUUUGCUCAAAAAGUUCAUUAAAUCUACCCAACAUGGGGCACUUUUCUCCGAUGGAUCUUAAGACUUUUCGUUGCUGAUGUUGGCUUCCGAGAUUAAACUUCUUAGCCAUUAUGCAGUAAAUAGAAAUAUAGAGUUCUUCUAAACUCAAAGAAGUAUUUUUCUUUUUUUAAUUUGAUUGUACUUUUAUUAUACUCCAUUUGUAAAUAUGGUAAUAUAUAUGUGCUCUUGCGAUAAAUUGAGGAGGAGCAUGGCUUUGUUUGUUAUUAAUGUUGUGUUAGCUACUUCCCUUUCCAAAUGCCAUAUGUCAACUAGUUAGUCUAAAAAUCUGGCCAUGCUCCUUCCUGCAGGCUUGUCGUGGUCUUGAAAACAUCUUUCAUUUCAUGGAACUAAGGCUAUGAAUUUCUCGGGUGCUCA